AAUAAAAAAAUAUGCAUCGCUCGCAGCUGAGCUUGGUAUCCAGAUGGUGUGGCAAAUAUGAUUCUUCACCUCUCCACCUCCCCUUCCUUAACUGGGCUUCACGCCGGACCCUCACUCCGGCCUGCCAAAUCACCCGAUUCUCGCUGCCGAGCUUCAUGGCAAGAGCUUGCUGGGGUAUUAGUUUUCUCAGCGAUUCCUUUCACUGCGGUUAAAGCUAUCGCCAACAGUCCCCUUGGGGAGACGCUGCAGCGGAGAAUGGAGGACAAAAAGAAAGUUGCUGUUAAGAAUGCUUCACUCAAUAAAACAUUGGCACAAAAGGCAAAAAAGGAUAGCCUUUGGUACGGAGAAGAGAGGCCUCGCUGGCUUGGCCCGAUCCCAUUUGAAUAUCCUACCUAUCUUGAUGGUGAACUACCCGGGGAUUAUGGCUUUGAUAUUGCAGGUCUGAGCAAAGAUCCUGCGUCUUCCAAGAGAUACUACAAUUUUGAAAUAUUGCAUGCACGUUGGGCUAUGCUUGGCGCAUUUGGUGCCUUAAUUCCAGAGUUAUUAGACCUUGUAGGUGCUUUCCAUUUUGUGGAACCUGUUUGGUGGCGAGUUGGAUACUCAAAGCUUCAGGGUGAGACACUGGAUUAUCUUGGUAUCCCGGGGCUCCAUUUUGCUGGGAGUCAAGGAGUGAUUGUCAUAGCUAUCUGCCAAGCUCUUCUCAUGGUUGGGCCUGAAUAUGCAAGAUACUGUGGGAUAGAGGCACUUGAGCCUUUAGGAAUAUAUCUGCCUGGUGACAUUAAUUAUCCAGGCGGGGUCCUCUUUGAUCCGUUGAAUCUUUCUGGAGAUCCAGUUGCUUUUCAGGAACUGAAGGUGAAAGAGAUAAAAAAUGGGCGUCUCGCGAUGAUUGCGUGGCUAGGCUUCUACGGUCAAGCGGCUUUGACUGGUAAAGGACCUGUGGAGAACCUUGUUGACCACAUUUCAGAUCCGUUGCAUAAUAACAUAAUAUUUAUGCUUGGAUCGCUGUAUGAGUAACACAAGAACGGGUAGCCAUUAAUAUUGUGCUGUAAAGUUUUGUACAUUUGUAGGGCUGUUUUGAUUCAACUGCAAAUGAGAAUUUCAAAGAUGUUAGUUUGA